CAAAUCACACAUGUGUUCUUGCGGCCGAUGCGGCUGCUUCUGAUCCCGGACAUAAUUUUAUUUUAAAUAAAGAUAUUGUUAAAUCUAUAAUAUGGAGCAGUUGGAAGCAAUCGUGGGGGAAUAUCUGAGUUCUAUUGAUAAGGGUCUCGGAAAACAGUUUCAAGCUAAAAUUAAAUCGAAACCAGGUGCGAGAGAUAUUACAAAAAGUUUCAUGAGCAAAUUUAAAAAGUUUACAGAGAAACAAAACACCAUUUCUGAUGUCUCAAAUAUAAAUGGAAAACCAAAUAAACCUAUUACUCAAGUAAAUGGUUUUUCCAAGAAACAAGAUGAUUCUGAUUCUGACAGCUCUGAGGAUGAUAAACCACCAAAAGCAAAGGCUCAGCAACCAGUUAAACCCCAACAAGUAAAUAAGCCAUCAAAAGUAACAAAGAAAAAGGAAUCAUCUGAUAGUGAUGACAGCAGUGAUGAUGAGAAACCUAAGGCUGUAUCAAAACCAGCACCAAAGGCAACACCUACAAAAGCUGUUGCUAAAAAAGAGUCAUCAGAUGAUAGUGAUGACAGCAGUGAGGAUGAAAAACCUAAAGUAGCCCCAAAACCAACCCCUAAACCCACUCCUGCUAAGGCUGCUGCACCUGCAAAGGGAAUUGUUAAGAAGGAUUCUUCAGAUGAUAGUGAUGACAGCAGUGAAGAGGAAAAACCCAAGGCUACCCAAAAACCAACAGCCAAAGCCACACCUGCUAAAGCUGCAACACCAGCAAAGGUAAUUGCUAAGAAGGAAUCAUCAGAUGAUAGUGAUGACAGCAGUGAAGAGGAAAAACCCAAAGCAGCCCAAAAACCAACAGCCAAAGCCAAACCAGCUAAACCUACAACACCCGCAAAAGUAAUUGCGAAGAAGGAAUCAUCAGAUGAUAGUGAUGACAGCAGUGAAGAGGAAAAACCCAAAGCUGCCCAAAAACCAACAGCCAAAGCCACACCAGCUAAGAUGGCAGCAUCUGUAAAGGCCAGCAAUAAGAAAGAAUCAUCAGAUGACAGUGAUGACAGCAGUGAAGAUGAGAAACCUAAAGUUGCUCAGAAACUAGCACCUAAAGCCACCCCUGCAAAGGCCAUUGCAAAGAAAGAGUCUUCUGAUGAUAGUGAUGACAGCAGUGAUGAUGAAACACCUAAGGCUGUAUCAAAACCAGCACUAAAGGCCACUCCAGCUAAAGUUGCAACACCUGCAAAAACUGUUGCUAAGAAAGAGUCAUCAGAUGAUAGUGAUGAAAGCAGUGAAGAUGAGAAACCUAAAGUAGCCCCAAAACCUACAUCUAAACCCACACCUGCCAAGGUUACUGCACCUGCAAAGGCCAGUGCUAAGAAGGAAUCGUCAGAUGAUAGUGAUGACAGCAGUGAGGAUGAGAAACCUAAAGUAGCCCAAAAACCUGCACCAAAAGCUAAAAAAGAGUCAUCAUCUGAGGACAGUGAUGAUAGCAGUGAGGAUGAAAAGCAAAAUAAAGUGGCUCCAACACCUAUUACAAAACCAUCAAAAACCAAAGCAAAGGAAUCCUCAUCAGAUGAUGAUAGUAGUGAUGAUGACAAACCAAAAAGUGCUAAAAUACCAAAACUUGCCACUACACCUGCCAAAACUGUGAGUGCCCCAGCAAAGAACAAAAAUGCUUCAGAGUCAUCAUCAGAUGACAGUGAAGAUGAAGUUGAUGCCCCUAAACAAGUAAUAAAGGCAAAUAACAUAAAUCAAGGCAAGAAACGCAAAGCUACAGAUGAUGAUGAAGCAACACCUUCCAAAAAGCCGUACAGCAAUUUUGUGAAGGGUACACAUGUUGUGUCUACACCAAGAGAAAAUGGAGAUGUAACUAAACCAGUACCAUUUAGAAGGGUUGUCACUGAUAAAGUAGAAGUGGAUCCUAGACUUAAAGAUAAUUCGUUUGAAGCUAAGAGUGGAGCUCGUGGGUCAUGGGGAGAACGUGCCAACCUUGACUUGAAGCACACACGCGGCAAGUCAUUCAAACAUGAGAAAACUAAGAAAAAACGAGGCUCGUAUCGCGGUGGCGCAAUAGACACGGGUGUCCAUUCCAUCAAGUUUGAAGAUUAGUUUCUGAUAUUAAUUUAAUGCAAAGACCCAGUGACAUUCAUUUUUUAAUUAGUUUAUUAUUUAGAUUCGACAUUUUAUCUAAGGCGCUCCUACGCAUGCUUUCAUCUCUAACAUGAUGAAGAUUAUGAGUGAAUUACUCAUCAAUAAUUUUAUAAUAAUGACUUUCAUAUAACAUCGAAGCAUCUGAUGGUUUGCCUUAUUUAAUACUGUGGUAUAAAUAUUUCAAAAUUUUAAAAGUUGUGGAUUAAUAUGAAUAGGUUUAUACUAUAAAGAUACAUUGGUAUCAUUGAUAAUAUGUUUAAUUUUAUGGACAUUGAUCUAAUGCUUAUAUUGUAAAUAAAGUCAUUUCUUCAUUAGUGUAAGAUUGAUAAGUGUAUUUUGUACAUACAUAGCUUAUAAGUUAUGUUAACUAUUGCACCAAGGUUAACCUUGAUGAGUUUUUUGUGGUUAUAGUGUAAUAAGACCGCCUUUCAGAAUAAUGUAAGAUAAUGCAUUUGAAUAAAUAUGUAAGUGGUA